GCUUCCUUUCGGAGGCCGGUGGCCAGCCAGUGGCGGGGGUCGGGCGGGGGGGCGCUGGACUCGGGAGGCGGGCUCUGCGCCGCACUGACCGAAGAAGGCCCCUGCAGCCGCUGUCUCCCGCGAGGACGAGCCUCGGGCGGGAGGGGGGGGGAUCCCUUCUUUCUAUCUCCGCCGUGCCUUGGGCGGGGACCCGCAGGUCUCAUCCUGUGCCCUCGAUCCCGUUAGCUGAGCCAGGGCUGUGUCUUUUUGUGGCGCCCUCCCGUCAGAGUCGCGUGGGCCCAUCUCGCCGUGUCCCAUGGACAGACACAAAGUGAAGCGCCAGAGACUGGACCGCAUCUGCGAAGGUAUAAGGCCUCCAAUUGGUAAUGGCCCAAUGCCAGCACGUCCCUUGGUUGCCCUCCUUGAUGGCAGGGAUUGCACUGUAGAGAUGCCUAUUCUGAAGGAUGUGGCCACAGUGGCUUUCUGUGAUGCCCAGUCAACUCAGGAAAUCCAUGAAAAGGUGCUAAAUGAAGCUGUUGGGGCUUUGAUGUACCACACCAUUACCUUGUCGCGCCAGGACCUGGAAAAGUUCAAAGCUCUCCGUAUCAUUGUGCGAAUUGGCAGUGGCUAUGACAAUGUGGACAUCAAGUCAGCUGCAGAAUUAGGCAUUGCUGUGUGCAACAUCCCUUCCUCUUCUGUGGAAGAAACUGCUGAUUCCACACUUUGCCACAUACUGAAUUUGUAUCGGCGGGUUACAUGGCUCCACCAGGCCAUGCGAGAAGGAAACAGAGCCUCAAGUAUGGAGCAGAUCAGAGAGGUGGCUGGAGGUGCUGUGCGUAUCCGUGGCGAGACCUUGGGCAUCAUUGGACUUGGCCGAGUCGGGCAAGCAGUUGCCCUGCGGGCAAAACCGUUUGGCUUCAGUGUGAUUUUCUACGAUCCAUAUCUACCUGAUGGAGUGGAGCGUUCCCUGGGAUUGCAACGGAUGGCCACCCUGCAAGACCUUCUAAUGCACAGUGACUGCAUCACAUUGCACUGCAGCCUCAAUGAGCAUAAUCACCACCUCAUCAAUGACUUCACCAUUAAACAGAUGCGCCAAGGCUGUUUUCUGGUGAAUACAGCUCGUGGGGGUCUGGUUGAUGAAAAAGCCUUGGCUCAAGCUCUAAAGGAGGGGAGAAUCAGAGGGGCAGCAUUAGAUGUGCAUGAGUCUGAGCCCUUCAGCUUUGCAAAUGGCCCUCUAAAAGAUGCUCCCAAUGUGAUCUGUACUCCACACACAGCAUGGUACAGUGAACAGGCGUCCAUUGAGUCCCGGGAAGAUGCAGCUAAGGAGAUUCGCAGAGCCAUCACAGGUCACAUACCUGAUGCUCUGAGGAACUGUGUUAAUAAAGAGUACUUGCUUUUAGCGGCUCAGUGGUCCAGUAUUGAUCCUGCAACUGUACAUCCAGAACUUAAUGGAGCUUCAGCUUACAGAUUUCCUCCAGGAGUAGUGGGAGUAGCAGCCCCAGGGCUACCAGAGCCUCCAGUAGAGGGGAUUGUAACUCAUGGCAUUCCCUCUGUGUCUCAUUCUGCACCCCAUACCCCUUCUCCAGGAGAAGCAAAUAAAUUGGAGCCAGACAGAGAAAUCUCCGCUGAUCAGUAGCAUUUCUGCUCUCUCUUUCCAUCCCUCGUAAGAAAGCCGUGGGGGGGUUCCUCCUGUUUUAGGACCUAAUGUGACACCUCAUGGACUAUUUCCUGUUUGUGCUGGGCAGGAGAAUGCAUUUCAUUGUUGGCAAACUCUAGCUCUUGCCUUUAAACAGAUAUUUUAUAACAGAUUUAGUUUAAAUCUCUUGGUGAAUCUCUUUCUUGGCUGGGGCAAAAAAGCCGUGACUUUUCAUCCUUUUGGUAAUGUUUAGUUUUAUCAUGCAAGUUCCCAUGCACCUGCCUCCACUGUGAUAUUCAGAACAGCACCUGGCUGAACAUGAGAAUUCCAGUGAUUCCAGAACAAGACUGGCGUGGAUUCUUAAGGUGACUUCUUAAAGUGAAGAUCAGCUAAGAACUCAGGUACAAGUGACAAAGAUCAUCAUAGUGGGAAAGAAGAGCUGUGGCUUUACCAGUUGCUUAGUAGGAAAAAGGGGACCCCCUUUCUCAGUUGUGGGCACUUACUGCUUUGAUCCUGUUUGUAAACUGUUAACAGAUGUAGUUGGUGAGUGACAUUCUUUUAGGGCGCUGAGGGUAAGUAUUUGCAAGAGCCAGAGUGGAUUUUAAAUUCUGCCUGGAAUCUGAUUUAAGUUCAAAACAUGUGCAGAGAAUUGGUGACGUCGUUUUGGCAGUCAGGAUGCUUAUGAAGUCCUACAGGAAGGAAGGUUUGAUUGAGGUUUGAGCCCAGCUCAGGGAACGAGAGCUCAAGUCCGCAUAAGAAAGCAAGUGAUUCAGCACCCCAGGCUCAAGGUUAUGUACAAUGCCCAUUAUUGCACAUUAGUAAUGCAACUUUGCCUCAAAAGAAAGUUUAUGCUGAAAUGCUAGAUAUUAGAACCUUUCUUACCUCUUGCCGAACCACUUUGAAGGCCCACUUAGGUUUGUUCCCUCUGGCUUUGUGUAGUGUGAAAUGUCCCAGGUGUGUGUGUUCUGGAUUUUCAUGUUCUUCAGCCCUUUUCUUUGAAUUGAAUCCUCCUUGCCUUGCAAAAAAAAAAAAAGUGGGGGUGGGGGUGGGGGGAAGCAACAAAAAUUCUCUGAGCUUGGAGAUAGCCACACAACUGAUCAAUGGUAGUUUCUAAUGUUUUUCUUUUUAGGGAAUUUGACCUAUAUUUGGAAGCAGAAUUAAGGUUGUGUGUUGUCUUCUGUGGGGGGAAAUUGCUUAUUUCUGGUACAGUAUAUAUUUGAGUAUGAAACAAAAUAUUUAUCAGUGUUGGAGGACAGCUUUGUCAUGAUGGGUAUAUUUCCCUGAAGUGUUUGGCCAAGCCAAGAAGGAAAAAUAUAUAUAGCUUAAAACCACCUGCUUGAGUGUGCAAGCUGACAAAGGAACUUGGAAAUGGAGAAUGGGAACUGUUCUUAGAAUCCAACUCCUGCCUCUCCUCAGCCCCCAUCUUAAACAAAAAAAGCAUCCAGUAAACGUGAAACCAUGGUGAGUAGAAAUCCCAACUUGGAUCUGUGCUUAGAACUAAGAAGUGAACCUGUCAGCAAGUUCCCAGCUUGCCAGUUCUUCUGCAGACCUGCCUGCUAACCGUUUUUCCCCUCCACUGCCAAGUGCAAAAAGAUUGCAGGGCAGUUCCUUUAAAGGAAAACAGAGGUGCAAGAAAGAAAAUCGAUUUUUUUGUGUUGUCCAAAUUUGGUUCUUUCCUUGAGAUGGCAUAUGGUUCCCUGGUAAUGUGUGCUUUGUUAGAAUGUGAGUUGGAAGUGUUUAAUGUAGCAUAGGUUCUGAUAGUUGCGGGGGUGGGGUGAGAGACAAUAGCUUUACAAUCCCUUGGAUGAUUAUGAUUUCAUUUUUAAAAAAUCACAUACCUCUUUGGUUGCUCAGGGUUAUAUCAAUACGUUUAUGGGGGGCACACUAAGUGUGGGGAGCCUUUGAAUGAAGCAUCCAUCUCUAAAGAGCUUUCCUUUGGGACAAAACCAGCAAGCUCAGUUUUUCUGGUUAGAACAGAUUGUCACACCAUCUUAAAAAUCAAGUGAGACUAUUGUUUGGGUCGGUGCAGAUACAAGAUGCUGCUGGCUUAGAAAUAGGAUUCUCCUUCCUGUUACCAUGAUUUCCAAAAGCUAGGAUUAGAGUAUGCUCAGAUUUAUAUUGCCCAGAAUUAGCACUGAUGAAACAUAACUCUGAACCAACAUAAGGGGAGGAAUUUGCACAUGGGAAAGACAGCAUGUGCUGUUAUGGCCUGCUCCUUAGUUCUGCAUAAGGGCCAGUGUUUCAUUAUUUCUGUGCUGGCCCUUGGUAAGCUGUUUGGUUAAUGAGUGUGCUGGCCAGCUGAUAAAAGACUCUGAAGAGCCUGGAAACACCCAAAUUAUAAAAGAUAAACACAUUUUUGAUCUGUUUUGAAUACCCAUAGUAUCUUGCACUACUCCAGAGAGGGGGUGUAUUCCCAACCCAAAUUUGCAUCUGUAAUUAAUAGCAUUACAAACAUUAACAAAGCUGCUUCCAGGCCAAGUUGUUUUGCUGUUACCUGAGAGAGCAGAGAAAUAGUUGGGUAGUAAGGAGCCUGGAAAUUGCAGAGAAAUGAAGUGGUACUGUGGAAGAAGAACAGUGGAAGACCCUGAAGACUUGCCACUCUUCCUUUUUACCAUUUGGAACCUAACUAGUUACUGGCCACUUCUUUCCAGUUUGUUGGCUACAAUCAUAUAAGCAGAAAUGUGCUUAAAAUAUGAAAGUAGGGCUUUUCAGGUUAUUGAUUCUGUUUUUGUGUGAUGUUCUUGUGCACAUGCAGAAUACACAUUGCCCAGGGUUUGAAGAAAGAUGCCUCCCUACUACUUGUUUCUUACCCUGCUUGGAAAUACUAAUGUCUUUCACUGGCCAAUGUAACUUAACAAAUUAUGUGGCUUUAAAACUGCUGCUUAAGUUCUGGCAACCCAUGGGUUGAGCGUCCCUGCUGUAGAGAAAAAGGAGGUUGAUUGCCCUGGUAUCAAAUUGCAUUAUAAGCAACACCCCCCCGCCCCCCAACUUGCUCCUGGCAAUUCCUGUCUUUUAUUUGUAAGUUUUUGGAUUAAGGGCCCUAGUUGUGGGAUUGCUUGGAGUUAGUUUAUCUUUCCAGUUUCAGGGAAUAAUUACAAGAUGCUCAAUUAAGGUGGCUCUCAUAUUAGUAAGCAAAUUCUUUUUUACACAUGAAUACCUCUAAGGACUUAUCAGGUAAACCUCCAUAAGGAGAGAAAUUGGGAAAAUCCCAGCUGGCUAGCACUAAGCCUCUUGUUUAUCUAAAAAACCAUGCUGGUUAUCUUAUUAGAAACAUGUACUUAAUAAUGAUAAUAAUUGUGUCAGACUCUGAAUGCUGGUGAACAUGGUUUUAAGCCUUAAGCCCUCAAAAAUAACCAGUAUUACCCAAGCUAAUGUUUGGGAAUUAAAAUGACUUUUAAACUACCAGAGUGGCAUUAUUUGAAGAUCCAGAGCAGGUUUGAGACUCCUUAGCUUAUACCAAUUAUCUGUUUGAGAAAGCAGGAUUGGCCUGAUGCUGAUGAAAGUGCUCUGAUCACACAUAAUGUUGGCUAGAACUCACAGCUCCCUCAAGAAGGUGUGAAUCUUAGAUACUAGUCUCGCUCCUGAUCAACCAAAUAUAGGUUAAGGGAGCCUUUCUUGUGUGUAUAGAUGUACAGCUUCUUGCUCCAUAUUUUAUGCAUACUGAGGAAGAAAGAAAUGAGAUUGCCUUCCUUCAGAAUUAAAAUGGAGCUUAAUCCCAAAGAGCUGUCAUCUUUUCCUAAUGUUGAGGUGGCAAGGAGUACCCUGGGUCAUGCCAAGCUUAUGUGCAGGAGGAGCUCACUCUGUCCUAAGGUAUAUUCUGCUUGUCAGGUUUGCUGUUUGCCGACCAGCUUUUUUUAUAGAGGACUCAGAGUUUCAGAAAUAUAUUUUUGUAGACAAUAACUAAACUGUGAAACUUAAAAAAAAGAUAAAGCAUGUAAAAGCAUUUCCAGCAAUGUUUCCUGUACAGAUAUUUCUCCCUUCAACUCUCUCCUGGCUUUUGUUAGAAGUUUGACAGUUUCUUGAAUAUAUUUUAAUAAAUAUUUCCUUUAUUGUCA